AUGCAUUAUCGAGUGGUUGCUACAAUAUUGCUGCUGGCAGCCAAGUCGGCCAACGCGCACUCAUUUGUUGAACAACUCACAAACAUCGCGUCUGAUGGCUCUUAUGUUUCCUGUUUUGGCUAUCCACGAGCGUUUGUAGACAAAUCUGCUGACGCCAAAUUUGAUCAAGAGGCCAACAAAUGGCUCCUGCCGCCGGCAGGCGGCCCGCCCUUCAUCAACGAAACGCAUCUGCUUUGCCAUCCGUCUCAACAGGUCCCCAACCAAGCAGGCAGUUUCUCUCGUCUGCAAACCAGGCCAGGAAGUAUGAUCGCUUUACGUUACGCUGAGAAUGGCCAUGUAACCAUGCCUGGAGGCGGACUCAAUCUUGUGGGGAAGCCGAAGAAAGGAGGCACAGUGUUCGUGUUUGGUACAAAGCAGCCACGGCCUGGUGAAACUCUUCAAAAUGUAAUGCAUUGGACACGUGAUGGCAAGGGUGGUGACCAAUCUGGCCGACUACUGACUGCCCAAAACUUUGAUGAUGACAGGUGCUACCAGCUUAGUGACGAUAGUAUAGUAUUGGGUAAAGCUCGCCGUUUGCAGACACCCAACCCAAUCCCUGGACAGCCAGGCUCAGAUCACGAACUUUUCUGCGAGACGAAUGUAAGACUGCCAGGCGAUAUCACUGUCGGCCAGCCUUACACCCUGUAUUGGGUGUGGCAAUGGCCAACAGCACCUCAGCAGGAACGUGAGCCACUACAUGGGAAGGACGAGUACUACACAUCGUGUAUUGACGUGGAUGUUGUC